AUGAACAAUUCUAAGCCUGAAGCAAGACAACUUACUUAUGUUGAGUUUCCCACAAAAUAUGUGUGGAAGUUAAAAGAUCGUUGCUGGCAGCAACGCCAAAAUUAUGUUGUUAUUGGAAGAAUUUAUUCUGCGUCUCCAUCUCUUGGUGAGGCUUAUUACCUAAGAAUUCUUCUUACUAAGGUUAAAGGCCCACGAUCAUUUGAAGAAAUAAGAACAUAUGAUGGUGUUGUUUAUCCUACAUUUCGGGAUGCGUGUUAUGCACGUGGCCUGUUAGAUGAUGACAAUGAAUAUAUCGAGUGUAUUAAAGAAUCCAGUUUCACAGGAAACGGUCAUUAUCUUCGUUCUUUGUUUGCAACACUUCUAUUGUCUAAUACGCUAUCUAGACCUGAAGUUGUUUGGGAGAAAACGUGGGAGCUAUUGUCCGAGGACAUUUUAUACAAUAUGCGGAAAGAUUCUGGCAUGAGCGAUUUCGUUGUUUCUGAGGAACGUUUAAAGAAUAUUACGUUGUCGAAAAUCGAAAAAUUCCUUCUUCGUAAUGGAUCCAGCUUGCACAGGUUUUCACCAAUGCCUUAUCCUGAUGAUGACUAUCUGAUGUCCGAGAGCAACCGUUUGAUAAACGAGGAGCUUUCUUUUGACAUGGAUGAAGUUACGGCUGAGUUCAAUAAUCUUCACAGCUGUCUAAACGGCGAUCAAAGAGCCGUGUAUAAUGAAAUUAUGGAUGCUGUUCGGAUUGGUAAGGGUGGUGUGUUUUUUGUGUACGGUUAUGGUGGUACGGGCAAGACUUUUCUGUGGAAAACUUUAGGUGCUUCUAUUAGAUGCAAUGGACAGAUUGUUAUUAAUGUUGCUUCAAGUGGUAUUGCAUCUUUGUUGUUAUCACGCGGUCGUACUGCUCACUCGCGAUUUCAUAUUCCAAUUAAUCUCAAUGAAGAUUCGGUAUGCCAUAUAAAGCCUAAUACUGAAAUCGCGAAUCUUUUAUAUGAAGCAAAGUUGAUUAUUUGGGACGAGGCACCGAUGAUACACAAACAUGCUUUCGAGGCUCUUGAUCGUACAAUGAAGGAUGUUUUGAGUGUUUUUGAUUCACAAAAUUCAGAACUUCCAUUUGGUGGGAAAACUAUUGUAUUUGGUGGUGACUUUAGACAAAUCCUACCAGUUGUACAAAAUGGAAGCAGGAAAGAUAUCGUAAACGCCUCAUUAUGUUCAUCCCACAUCUGGUCCAGUUGCAAGGUGUUGAAAUUGACAAUCAACAUGCGUUUGUCGGUUGGAUCAAGUAGCUCAAACGUUAUGGAGAUAAACGAAUUUGGUAAAUGUCUUCUUGACAUCGGCGAAGGUAAUGUUGGUGAUUCUAUCGACGGUGAUGGAAAUAUUGAAAUACCUGCUCAUCUCUUAAUAACUGAUGAGAAUGAUCCAAUUCAAGGUUUGAUUGACUUUGUAUAUCCUUCAGUUCUUCAUCGUUAUAAAGACCGUGACUACUUUUCUGAGAGAGCUAUACUCGCUCCUAAGAAUGAAGUUGUUCAUGAGAUAAAUGACCGUUUGCUUGAUUUGUUUCCCGGUGAAGAAGUAGAGUAUCUUAGCUCUGAUAGUUUAUGUCCGACUGAGGAAAUCAACGAUCUGUUACAUCAAGAUUUGUAUAAUCCAGAUGUGUUAAAUAGUGUAAAAGUAUCAGGGUUACCAAAUCAUAGAUUGGUAUUAACAUUGGGCGUUCCGGUUAUGGUUUUGAGGAAUAUUGAUCAGCAAAACGGUUUGUGCAAUGGUACGCGUCUUCAAAUCACACGUCUUGGUAAACGUGUUAUUGAAGCAGAGAUAUUAUCAGGAAGUAAUGUUGGAUCAAGAACUUACAUCCCAAGAAUCAGCAUGAUACCAUCUGACAAGAAAAUACCCUUCAAAUUUCAAAGAAGGCAAUUUCCAAUAACCGUAUGUUUUGCGAUGACUAUUAACAAAAGUCAAGGACAAUCUCUAUCUAGAGUUGGUAUAUACCUCAGAGACCCCGUGUUCUCACAUGGUCAGCUUUAUGUUGCGUUGUCCAGGGUAAAGACUAAGGAUGGCGUUAAGGUUUUAAUAUUCGACAAAGAUGGGAGGCCAACAAAUAAAACUGCAAACGUUGUUUACAAAGAAAUAUUUGGGAAAUUGUAG